AUGGAGUUUAAUCUAGACGAUUUUAAUGAUUUCGACAAGUUAGAUAAUAUUUUAAUAAAUGAAAUAGAGAAAGAAAAAAAACAAAAUGCUGGAGACAAACGUAAAUUUGACAUAUACGAUGAGUAUCAAGAACUACUAAACAAUAAAAUACAAAAAAAGAAAAACAAAAAAAAAGAAACUGUAAAUAAUAAUUAUGAAAAUGUCAGUAAUAUUUAUGAACAAGGUCAGGAAAAUAUACAAACAAAUGAUAAUUAUCAUAUAUUAUUCAAUCGAGAAUUUCACAACCAUUACAUAUUUAACGAUUAUAAAUACUUAAAAGAAUAUGUGUAUAAAAAUAAUUUAAUGAGUGAUGAUAUAUAUUUUAAAAGAGAUGAAGUUAUAAUAAAAAAUAGAAUCGAUUCACAAAAAAUGUUUCAAACUAAUGAAGAUUUAACUGAUUUUAUAAAAAUUUAUGAUGUUAAUAAUAAUUAUCCACCAAUUUAUUUGAACUCAUUUAAAAAAACAGAUGCAGACACCACUUCUCAAUCCCCUCACAGUCAUUCUUUCAAAACAUAUGACGAAGAAGAAAACACAUAUACAUUUACAAAACCGAAAAAAGAAUGUUUUAGAGAUAUGCUAGAAAGAGUAUUAAAUGAAAUAAAACAAGAGAAUCUAGAUAAAGAAAAAAAAAAUAGAUAUGAAUAUACAUCUACAAAUUUUAUGUCUAACGAAAACGAUGAACCAAAUAUAGUGUCUCAAAAAAUAGCUAGCGAAAAUAUUAAUUUUGUAGAAAAAUAUAGAGGCAAAUAUUUUUCAGAACUUUUAACAGAUGAAGCUAUAAAUAGAGAAGUCCUUUUAUGGAUAAAACAAUGGAAUGAUUUAAUAAAAAAAGAAAAAGAAAUUAUGUAUAAAAAUAAUGAAGAAGAAAAAAGAGAAUAUUUUAAAAAAUUUAAUGAAUUUCAAAAAAUAUUAUUAUUAGGUGGUUCACCAGGAAAAGGAAAAACUACUUUAGCUUAUGUAAUUGCUAAUCAUUUCAAAUUUAAUGUUAUUGAAAUAAAUGGUAGUGAUGAAAGAAACAAAGAAACAUUGAUCCCAUUUAUAGAAUCCAUUGUUUGUAAUAAUUCUAUAGGAUCAAAACCAAACAUUUGUAUAAUUGAUGAAAUCGAUGGAUUAUCUAGUACACAUCAAAAUAUCGAAGCUAUUAUGAACUUCUUAAAUAAAAAAAAUAAAAAAAAUAUGAGUAUAAUAAAAAGACCAAUUAUAUGUAUAUGUAAUGAUAUAUAUCAUAAAAGUUUAAAAGAAUUAAGAAAAGUUUCUAAAGUUGUUUUAGUUGAAAAUAUAAAUAUACAAAUGCUAAAAGGAAGAAUUAAUUAUAUAUGUGAUAAAGAAAAUAUUAAAAUUAGUAAUGAAGCUAUAAAUAAAUUAAUAGAUAUUUAUAAGUCAGACAUUAGAGCAAUUCUUAAUACAAUUUAUUUUCUUUCCCUUGGUUGUCGUUCAAUAAAAUCAAAUGGAAAUACAAACAAUAAUGAAGAUGCUAAUUCAUUGUCUUACACUAAUCAUAAUAACAAAACUGUAAUUACCUUAGACACACUAAACUCAUAUUUAUUUCACAAAGAUGCAAAUACCAGUUAUGUUGAAUUGCUAAAUAUUAUAUAUGUAAAAAAUAAAAAUAAAAAAUUAAUAAAAAAGUUAUUAUCCGAAUGCUAUAACUUUUUUCAUAUAAGCUUAGGAACAGAAUAUAAUUAUCUACAAUCUUAUUAUUAUAUAUAUGAUAAUUUAUUAAAUAUCCCUUUUAACGAUUUUGAUUUUUCGAAACUUGGAUAUAGUCUAGACUUCUUAGCAUUUUGUGAUCAUCUAGAAUAUAAACAAAAACAAAUAUUAAAUUAUUCUUUACAAAAAAUGUUAUAUUUAUCUGUUUAUUUAUUUAUACUUAUUAUAAAUUUAAAUACUAAUUCAUAUGUACAAUAUAUACUAAUGAAUAAUAGUACAAGUAACCAUUUUCGAAAAAAACAAAUCGAUUUAAAAAACAUGAAAAAUAAUUUUAUUAAUGAAAAAUUUGCAGUUAUUACAUAUAAAUAUAUAUAUUCAAAAUAUUUCUAUUCAGAAAUUUUGAAUUAUAUAUUUGCAUUUUUUUAUACAAAUGAAUUUUUUUUCAAAAAUGUCCAUUUAUGGGGAAAACAAAAUUAUUACAAAGAUAUAGAUUUUCCUAAAUAUAUUUUAGUACCUUAUGAAUAUAAAAAUGUUAGUAAAUUCAAAUUAUUUUCUUUAAAAAUUUUAUUUCUCAUGACAAUAUUUAAUAUAUCAUUCACAAGUAUUUCUUCUUCAUUAUCCACAUCUCAAUUAGAAUCCACAGUUACAUCUAAAUCGAAUACACAAACAGAAUCCAAAUCGGUAGCUAGCCAAAAUGUAAACAAAAAUAACACCUUUUUAAAUAAUAAUAUGACUAAAGUAUAUAUAUUCGAUCCAUUUGUUGAUGAUUUAUUAAUAUAUGCUCAAAAAAGAAAUAAUGUUCCUUUUUCUUCUUACCCAUACAACCAAAACAAACAAACAAAUAAUUAUAUGACAAGUACUACAUCUUUUAAUUUCAAAACAUUACCAAACAUUCUAAAUAAUGAUAUAUGUGAAGCUUUGAAUGAAUUAAAAAGUUGGAUAAAUAAUAUAUCUAUAAAAUAUAACAAAAAAAAUACACAAAAUAAAGAAAAACAUCUAAACCAGAUGCAAAUUGUUAAAUCAUCUUACAACCAUAAAAAUACAAAAAAAUCAACAUUCGAUGUUAAUUAUACUUCGAAUUUUGAACAAUCAUUAACGGAUAUAAUCUUAAUUGCAUAUCAAGAUGGAUAUCAAUAUGCAUACAACUAUUAUUUUUUAAAUCAACAAAAUGAAAAUACAUAUAAAGGAAAUAAACAAAAUGAUAAAAAUUCAAAUAUGGUCUUAGAUCAAAUUGUACCUCAAACUAAAAUACUAAGCAAUAAAGAUAAUUCCAUAUUUACAAUUUCAGAUCUAAUUGCUCAAGAAAAAUCAUAUAUGACAAAAUAUAUAAGCAAUAAUAAAAAUAUUUAUUUUUCAGGAAAAUAUAUUAAGACAUCAGGUUAUUAUAAAAAUGUGGAAGAACGCUGUAAUGCAGUUUUACAGCCAUUAAACUUUUAUGUCAUGGGAAAUAAAUAA